UAAACAUGGACGUCGGUGGAAACGGUGGAGGGCUACCUGUAAACAAUAAACAGAGAGCUAUGCUGCCCAAUAAAAGCAGGGGCGAAUUUACCCGCAACCCAAGAAAAGACUCAGAGGGGCUGUCUGAGUCUCCAGACCUCGAGUUUGAAUAUGCAGAUACAGACAAGUGGGCCGCAGAGCUUUCAGAGCUUUACAGUUAUACUGAAGGACCUGAGUUUGCUCUUAAUAGGAAAUGCUUUGAGGAGGAAUUCAGAGCACAGGUGUCUGAUAAGAAGUGGACAGAGCUCGAUGCAGCUCAGCACAGAGCUCACGCCAUGCGCAUGCUGGACGGUCUGGAGGUGAUUGCCCGGGAGAAGAGGUUGAAGGUUGCCAGGGCAAUUCUUUACAUGGCUCAGGGAACCUUUGGCGAGUGCAGCUCAGAGGCGGAGGUGCAGCACUGGAUGAGAUACAACGUCUUCCUGCUGCUGGAUGUGGGGACGUUCUCUGCUCUGGUUGAACUGCUCAACAUGGAGAUUGAUAACAGUGCUGCAUGUAGCAGUGCUGUCAGGAAACCAGCUAUCUCCCUUGCUGAUAGCACAGAUCUCAGGGUGCUGCUUAACAUAAUGUACCUGAUGGUUGAAACGAUCCAGCAGGAGGACCCAGCUGACAGGCCUGAGUGGAGAGUCAUCAGGGAAACCGUCAGAGCAGAACUGGGAUCUCCGCUGUUCAACAACGAGCCCAUUUCCGUCAUGCUCUUUGGUAUGGUUACCAAGUUCUGCAGCGGCCAUGCCCCCCACUUCCCAAUGAAGAAAGUGUUAUUGCUGUUGUGGAAGAGCAUACUGUUCACACUCGGAGGGUUUGAGCAGCUCCAAAGCAUAAAGGUUCAUAAACGCGUGGAGCUGGGUCUUCCCCCUCUCCCAGAGGACAGCAUCCGAGUGAUACGCAGCAUGAGGGCCGCUUCCCCUCCUGCAUCUGCAUCCGACCUCAUAGAGCAGCAACAAAAACGGGCACGCCGUGAACACAAGGCGCUGAUUAAACAGGACAAUCUGGAUGCAUUCAAUGAAAAGGACCCCUACAAGGCUGAUGAUGCUCGUGAGGAUGAAGAUGACAAUGACGACAAUGACAACUCUAUAGAGGCAGAGACUUUCCCACUAGAAAGGGAUGAAGUGAUGCCUCCACCUAUUCCUCACCCGCCAUCAGAGAGGGUGUCCUUCCCCAAAGGCCUGCCGUGGGCUCCUAAAGUCAGGGAAAAGGACAUUGAAAAUUUCUUGGAAUCAAGCAGAAGUAAAUUUAUUGGUUACACACUUGGAAAUGAUACAGAUACAGUUGUCGGCUUGCCCAGGCCAAUUCAUGAGAGCAUCAAGACGUUAAAGCAGCAUAAGUAUGUGUCCAUAGCUGAGAUUCAGAUUUCAAAGGAGGAGGAGUUUCAGAAAACCCCUCUGUCUGGGGGUGAAGAGGAAGUGGAGAUGUGCUCCACUGAGCUGCUCUAUCAGGGAAUUCUGCCCAGUUUACCUCAAUAUAUGAUUGCUCUGCUGAAGAUCCUACUCGCAGCAGCUCCGACCUCCAAAGCCAAGACAGAUUCCAUCAACAUCCUGGCAGACGUGCUGCCGGAGGAGAUGCCGACUACAGUGUUGCAAAGCAUGAAACUCGGUGUUGAUGUCAAUCGACACAAAGAGAUCAUCGUGAAGGCGAUCUCUGCCAUCCUGCUGCUGCUUCUGAAACACUUCAAACUGAACCACAUCUACCAGUUUGAGUACAUGGCUCAACAUCUGGUGUUUGCCAAUUGCAUCCCGCUCAUUCUCAAGUUCUUCAACCAGAACAUCAUGUCGUACAUCACAGCUAAAAAUAGCAUCUCAGUACUCGACUUUCCUCACUGUGUGGUGCACGAGCUCCCUGAGUUAACUGCAGAAAGUUUGGAAGCAGGUGACAACAAUCAGUUUUGCUGGAGGAAUCUGUUUUCCUGCAUUAACCUGCUGAGGAUCCUCAACAAACUAACCAAGUGGAAACACUCCAGAACGAUGAUGCUGGUGGUGUUUAAGUCAGCUCCCAUCCUGAAGAGAGCACUGAAGGUCAAGCAGGCCAUGAUGCAGCUCUACGUCCUCAAACUUCUCAAAGUGCAAACCAAAUACCUGGGACGCCAGUGGAGGAAGAGCAACAUGAAGACCAUGUCUGCCAUCUACCAGAAGGUGCGACAUCGGCUCAACGAUGACUGGGCUUACGGAAACGAUCUGGAUGCUCGUCCUUGGGACUUCCAGGCAGAGGAGUGUGCUCUGCGGGCCAACAUCGAACGCUUCAACAGCCGCCGCUACGACAAAACCCACAGUAAUCCGGACUUCCUGCCUGUGGACAACUGUCUGCAGAGUGUUCUGGGACAGCGGGUGGACCUGCCAGAGGACUUCCAAAUGAACUACGACCUCUGGCUGGAGCGCGAGGUCUUCUCCAAACCUAUUUCCUGGGAGGAACUGCUACAGUGAGAACCAGCUCUCGUGUUCGUUCUUUGAUGGAAAAACAAAACAAUCAGGAGUUCAGACAGACCACCAACAGUGCACUCGCUGAUCAAACUCUGAUCAAAGUAUUAUGUUACGAGUCCUGUACAGAAUGAAGACGUUGGAUGGAUUUUAAUUAUCAGCCUGGAGCAACGUGAUUUUACAGUUUGAUCGGGGCUCCAAACAAACGCUUUAUGUGAUGAACUGUUGCCUUGAAGAAAUUUAGCAUUAUUGUGAUUUCAAUCCUCUUGUUAGCAAAAAAAAUCAUCCUUUUGUAUUUAGGUUCUUUGAGACUUUUCCCACACUAAUGCCACCCACAGUUUUCAAUGGAAUAACAUGAUAUACAUUUAUGAAAUAUGUUCUGUUUGUAGACUUGAACUCAACCCUCACCUUACAUUUACAUCUCGUGGUUGUGCCUCUUACCUGUUAGGUCGGUAACUCUGACCACGAAGCACUACAUGACAGUACAUUCACUCCGAAUUUUAAAGAGAUUUAUUUAGAAUACAUUUAAAUGUAAAGACUCAGAGGUGUGUGUGAGCACAUUUAAGGUGUUGAAAUAAAUAUAACAUUCCUUGGGUUCAUCUCAUGAGCUUUUCAGAGAGAUGAAAGGAAUGAGUGGGUUUUUUGUAGUUAUUUCUCUAUGUACAAAUAGAAACAUGUACUACCUUUUGACGGUUAUUUCCUGUACGGGGUGAAAUAUUCCUUCCCCAAUUUAUCCUUUGUUGCACCUCUGCAUUUGCAAUAUCCUUUAAAUUUCAUUUACAUUAUUAUUAGUGCUGCCUGAACAUAUUUACCCUGGGACCAUGGAGGCGAUCAGUCAGACUUUCUUUGACCAUCAGACUGAACAUAUUUAAAAAUAUAGUUUUGAUUUUUCUUUCAGUAUCUUAAUUUUGCUUUGUUGUGUGGAAAAAACUGGUUGCACAUGUUCACAUCAUUUUAAUAUGUGAAAGGAAACAGUGAAGCUCUGGUUUGAGACAUGCAGGGAUAACUUAAGUGGAAAAACUCUUGGUGAAAGAACCAUUUUCCUUUUUUUCCCUACUUUUCAUUGUCUUUUUUUGUUUUAUUAUAAAAGGUUAAAGAAAUGGGAAAGACUUGUAAAUUGUGGAACUUAUUUAUCAUGGUUUUUGCUUUGUUUUACAUUGAAUUAAAUACUAUAAUGAAAUAGAUACUGUCA